GCCAUCGCCAGUCGGGACAGAUCAUGGUGCUGAAGAUGAACAAGAUGAUGAGUAACCGCGCCAAUAUGCUGCGGGAGGUCCAGCUGAUGAACCGGCUCUGUCACCCCAAUAUUCUCAGGUUUAUGGGGGUUUGUGUCCAGCAGGGGCAGCUUCAUGCCCUGACCGAGUACAUCAAUGGCGGGAACCUGGAGCAGGUACUGCAGAGUACGGACCCCCUGUCCUGGUCUGUCCGGGUGAAGCUGAGUCUGGACAUCGCUCGCGGUCUGCUCUAUCUGCACUCUAAGGGAGUCUUCCACCGGGACCUCACCUCCAAGAACUGCCUGGUGCGAUAUGACGACAGCGGGUACACAGCCGUGGUGGCAGAUUUCGGACUGGCUGAGAAGAUACCUGACCGCAGUCAGACGGAGCCGCUCUCUGUGGUUGGGUCCCCAUAUUGGAUGGCCCCCGAGGUGCUGCGGGGUGACCUCUACAACGAGAAGGCCGAUGUCUUCGCCUUCGGGAUCAUCUUGUGUGAGAUCAUCGCCCGGAUUCCAGCCGAUCCCGACUACCUUCCCCGCACCGAGGAUUUCGGUCUGGACAUCAAGUCGUUUCGGGACAUGGUGCAGCCAGACUGUCCCCCCGCCUUCCUCCAGCUGGCCUUCCACUGUUGUUGGAUGUCAGCUGACUCCAGGCCGUCCUUCUGUGAGGUGAGUCAGCGGCUGGAGGACAUCCUGGACAGUAUGGAUGUGAUGAAGACCCCACGCACAAGCCGGAAGGAGAUGGCGGAGUCGGUGACCCCGGGCAGCGGAGGAAGGAGACCUUCCAUGCUCUCGGAUAAUCAGGAACGGACCUGGGAUCUUCCAUCGCCCUCCGAUCAGCGUUUGUCCCGCAGCCAGUCCGACAUGUUCUCUCCUCAGCCGCCGCUCUUACAGCGCUCUCAGGAUCUGUACAAUGACCUCUUGCGUGACACUCCCGCCCGCAUUAACCCCUUCUCGCAGAGAGAAGACCUGAAGGGCGGAAGAAUUAAGCUUUACGACACCCCAAGCAGAUCGGUCAUUUCAUUGACAUUUGACCUCCCACCGCCACUGACGUAUCAGACCAGCAGUCCCAUCACCCCCGAGCCCAUGGUGGAUGCCCAGUGUGACUUUUCCGAGAUGCUGGGCAGACCGAGACGCUGCCGCUCUCUUCCAUCCUCUCCUGAGAUUGUGCGGAGAGGAAGUCCUUGCCCCGUCACCACCCCGGUGCAGAGAGGCCUCCACUGUGAAGGGGAAAGCGGUGAACUUUGGCAUGACGGUAAUGUCAACUCUGUACAAACAGAUGGAGGCCAUAGGACAGUCAAUGGAUUCUUACAGCAGGAUUUCCAAAACUCUUCGGAGAUUCCCCCCAAAGAUCUGCCCCAAAGUCUAACUUCUCCGGGUCACCUUGAAUCUCUUGGAACCGGAGAAUCUCUGCACGAUAAAGACUGGACAUUGGAUGCGAGCGCCAACACGUGUAGCCAUGAACUGAGACCUACUGGUGGGGCGCUCGUAGACCACUUGAAGGAGGAGGCCGCAGAAAGGAAAGCCCUACAUCCAAACAGUGAGCAGUUAGCAAAAAACACGACUCCCCCAUGUAGUGAGGAGGGAAAGGGACCGGCUGAGGGCACCAUCAGUGUUCCAGACUGGGAGAGCAAAGCGGUUUCCCCAAAUCUCCACCAUCACGGGGCAAGGAUUAAACCUGGAGGUCCAGAGAUCCCAAAGCCUCAUGAGAGUUCGAAAGACUGGAACCGGCAAUGGAAACCCAAUGGGACAAUAGCGGGGGGCAAUGCGGAGUUUGAGCGUCCGGAGAUCGGCGAGCCCAUGGAUUGUUCAAGCAGCCCGGAGAGCACCGAAGAGAACACUUUCUGCAGGAGGCUGUCGCAGGGGCGCGCCAACGGCUCGCUUCCGGCUCGCCCAACCCCUCCGCACUCUUCAUCGUCUUCUACACCUUCGUCUUCCCGUUCCCCCUCUCCCCCCGUAAGCACGUGGCAACAGGAACCACCGGGUGUCCCCAACAGGAUAAGCCUUUCGGACAACAACAAUGUAGUCAGCAGCAAACCCAUCGGAUGGGUGGGCUUGCUGCAUCCUCACCCUCUGGGCUCGCUGGAGGGCAACCUAUGGGAGGGUAGCUUGCCAGGCCUGGGGUGCGAGGGAGCAGAGAGUGGAAGUAUGGCUCCCUUGCAUGCCUCCUCCAGUUCAGUCCUGGACCACGAAGAGACGGUGUCCUGCCCUGCCUGCUGCCUGGGGGGAUUCAGCUUCAUAUCAGUGUGCCGCCGCUCGCCUCCAGACACCUCCCGCUAUCAGAACCUGAACUGCGAGUCCAGUCGCGGCCUCAUCCACACAGCACCGCGGCUCGGCACUCCCAGGCCGGGCCCCAGCAGGAAGCUGCCGGAAGCUCAGACUUAGCCAUCUCGCAGUCUUCUGACGCACGGGACACUUUGUGGGGGGCUUUGUUUACAAACGUGGAGCCGCCAUGCCGGUGAUGUCACGCCCAUGCAUUCUGUUCGCUCAGAGUUUGCACUCCGCUUUUGGCCGGCUGCCGGUGCGAGCUACACAA